GAACCACCUUAUAGUAGUCUUUGUUUCCACGGGGAUAUCAUUUGUUGCUACACCUUACAUCUCGCAUGAAUGGAAAGAUAUUAGAUGUAAAAGCCUUGAUUUAGGAAUGGAAAGUGGAUGUACAGUUAGUCGAUAUUUGUCGAUUUAACGUGGGUACCCUGUUCCCUUUAGUUAACCUCAAAUAGUUGUGUUUGUGUGUAGAGUGAAAGCUAAGUAGCUGCUAGGCUAAAACUACCCGUUAGGCUAGGAAACGGUAACAUUAGCGUUAGCCUGAGAGCUAGCCAUUCUUGUUCCAACAACACAGAACUAAAACACUGCAAAGAUGGUUGAAAGUAUUUUCGACCUCCCGGUGGAGAAACAGAUAUUUUAUGCUGUUUUGGGAUUUUCGUGGACGGUGUAUCUCUGGGAGGCAUACCUUUCUUACAGACAGAGGAGGAUAUAUAGAUCAACCACACAUGUGCCACAGGAACUUGGGAAGAUUAUGGAUUCGGAAACAUUUGAGAAAUCACGUCUCUAUCAGCUGGAUAAAAGCAACUUCAGCUUCUGGUCUGGACUCUAUUCUGAGACUGAAGGGACGUUGAUCCUGCUCCUGGGUGGAAUCCCAUUACUGUGGGAGGUCGCUGGUUCUGUGACGGCUCGCAUAGGACUUGGUUCAGAGUAUGAGAUCACCCAGUCGCUCGUGUUUCUGACGCUUGCCACCCUGUUCAGUGCCUUUACUGGACUUCCCUGGAGUGUGUACAACACAUUUGUCAUUGAGGAGAAGCAUGGCUUUAACCAGCAGACGUUGGGGUUCUUCCUUAAGGAUGCUGUGAAGAAGUUCAUUGUGACCCAGUGUAUCCUGCUCCCUGUUACUUCCCUGCUCCUGUACAUCAUCAAGAUUGGUGGAGAUUACUUUUUCAUUUACGCCUGGCUCUUCACCCUGGCUGUUUCUCUGGUACUUGUAACGAUCUAUGCUGACUACAUUGCUCCCCUGUUUGACAAGUUCACACCUUUGCCAGAAGGAGAGCUGAAAACAGACAUUGAGGAUAUGGCCAAGAGUAUAAGCUUCCCCCUCACCAAGGUUUAUGUAGUCGAAGGUUCUAAGCGAUCGUCACACAGCAACGCCUACUUCUAUGGGUUCUUCAAGAACAAACGCAUUGUGCUGUUUGACACACUGCUGGAAGACUACUCUCCUCUCAACAAGUCUGGAGAGCCACAGCCCGAGCAGGCAGAGAGAGAAGAUACAUCUAGCGAAUCCAAAGCCAAGCCCAAGAACAAGAAACAAGGAUGCAACAACUCGGAGAUCCUUGCAGUCCUGGGUCAUGAGCUUGGCCACUGGAAGCUUGGCCACACUGUCAAGAAUAUCGUCAUCAGUCAGAUGAAUUCCUUCCUGUGCUUCUCCCUGUUUGCUGUUAUGAUUGGACGUAAGGAGCUGUUUGUAGCUUUUGGCUUCAAUGACAGCCAACCCACAUUGAUAGGCUUGAUGAUUAUCUUCCAGUUCAUCUUUUCCCCGUACAAUGAGCUCCUGUCCUUCUGUCUGACAGUCCUGAGUCGCAGGUUUGAGUUCCAGGCUGAUGCUUUUGCACGCGGCAUGGGCAAAGCCUCUGAGCUCUACUCUGCCCUCAUCAAGCUCAACAAGGACAACCUGGGCUUCCCCGUGGCUGACUGGUUGUUCUCCAUGUGGCACUAUUCCCACCCUCCCCUCCUGGAGCGCCUCAGAGCACUGGGCAGCAUCAAGCAGGACUGACGGGGCUGGGAGGGGGAGACGCGAUCGCUGCCUCCUCCAAAGGGCUUCCGCAGACCGCUGCUGGCCUUGUGAUGCACCCUGGUCCUUUUCUACCUAUCCCCCCCCCCCCCCAUAUUGUUUUAUCUUGUUUGAGUCAUUUCCCUUCUUUACAUACUUUUAAUUUUGUGCCCUUUAAACUUUUUAUCAAACAAAACCAAAACAUAUUAGCACAAGCCAGCCAUAGAAAAUUACUCUUGCUCUUUGUCUAGAGAGGCAUAAUAUGCAUUUGUUGAGAGCAAUACAUCCAGGCAAUGUGUGUUUAGCAAAAGCUGCUGUCGAAGCAACUUUCAAAUUUAGCAUAUUGACCUUAAUCCUUAGUUUUUUACAUUACUAUAUUUCUGAACAAUUGUGUUAUUCUUUUGCACAUUUAUAAAGAUAAAACCUGAAAUUUUACUUGCAGAAAUAAAUGUUUCUGUUGUGAUGCAUUCAUUGCAUCUAAAUGUAAAGUCUAAAGAGUAUAUUUUUAAGCUUAUGAAGUGGUUGACCCUAAAAAUAUACCGCGUUUUAUUUAUUGUGGAUGUAAAGACAAGAAAAAAACCAUAAAAUUGGCAACUACAUACAUAAUCAUGGCAUGGCUUUUUGCAGAUACACAGGCCAGAAUUUAAUGUGUCUCUCAAGUGCAACUGUUGCUUCGUUAGAAAUAUCUCAGUAAAGCUCAAGGGUAAAAGAGUUAAUGUACUCAACUAAAAUCUCAGUUUUGUCAGAGAAACUAAUUAUAAACUGUCACAGAAAAAAUAUGUGGGCCUUUAAAUGUGUGUUUUGUUCAAAUAGUGAACAGGGGCGGUGCAGAAAAAUAUCUUUUGAAUUAUAAACUUAAUGUUUUCAUUUUUUUACAUAAAUGGGGAUCUAGUUUUUUUGGUUUUUUUAAGCACUUGCUUGCCGACAAGGUUCCAACCAUACUUGUACAUAUGUAACUUUAAUUAGUUGUGUAAUGGCGUAUGAUGUGAAUUGUAAAAAAAAUGUUGAAUGUGGUUUGAAAUUUUAAGUUGAUGAGGUGUUUCUUAGUUUCUUAAUUUGGUUUUGGGACAGAGUGAGCUCAGAGCUGCCUUGCGACUAAAGUAUUUAUAGGGGACCUGGGGAAGGGUGUCUGCCAGGUUCCUUUCACCACAUGAGCCAGUGUUUGGUUUGAUCAGUGAAGGAACUGUGUACUUUCUUUGCCGCAUUGAAUAAAAUCCUUAAAAGCA